GCCACAAGAGCUUAGACGAAGAAGAAGGUGGUUCUUAAAUGACGGCGUCUGUCAACCCGUAGACAUGAGUGUUGCACCCGAGCAGAGCAAUGCAGGUGCUCCGCUGCUAGCAGAAGAGAACGUGCAACAAGAAAGAUUAAACAAAGAACGACUCUACCGCUCGUCGGGUAGCCAUCGCGUCAGCUCGGGCAGCCUGGAGCAAGACUCCAACAACUACCCAUAUAACCCAGAGCCUGAGGUAAUGGACAGAACACUGGGCACAUCACCAUUGAAAUUGCCAUAUUGGACACCAUAUGCAUACAUUCGGCCAAUCAAAAGCUCCACCGUGUGGAUGGCCAUUCGCCCUGUCGUGGCUGCAAUCGACUUCCACUAGUUUUCAAGCCUUUCGUUGUUAUUAAAGAUAAAGGA